CUAAGGUGAAAGGUGAGGGCCAGUUUCCGGUACUCGGGGCUGGGUUUGUUUGUAGUGCGGCAUUCAUUCGUACUGUAAACAUUUUCCUUUCAGUGGGGUUCACUCUCACCUGGCGAUGCUGGGCGGAAGCUCCCUCAGAGGCUUCUCCAGAGCCGGAGGAAUCCUGUGCAGGAGGUUGGGUACCUCACAGAGCCGGAGGGAUGUAGUCGAGAAUGAUACCAAGUCUUUAAAAAGUCUAGGAAAUAAAAUUCGCCCUCUGUACUUGGAUUUCCAGGCUACGACUCCAAUGGAUCCUAGAGUGUUGGACGCAAUGCUUCCCUACCUUGUCAACUCCUUUGGCAAUCCUCAUUCAAGAACGCAUGCUUACGGCUGGGAGAGUGAAGCAGCAGUGGAGAAAGCAAGAAAGCAAAUAGCUGAUCUAAUAGGCGCAGACUACAGAGAAAUCAUCUUCACCAGUGGUGCUACAGAGUCAAACAACAUGGCGAUCAAGGGUGUUGCAAGGUUUUACAAAGCCAAGAAGAAGCAUAUCAUCACAAGCCAGACAGAACACAAGUGUGUACUGGAUUCAUGCCGCAUGCUUGAGACUGAAGGUUUUAAAGUGACCUAUUUGCCAGUGAAGACAAGUGGACUUAUAGAUUUAAAGGAACUAGAGGAGGCAAUACGACCGGAUACUAGUUUGGUGUCAAUAAUGAGUGUGAACAAUGAAAUUGGGGUAAAGCAGCCUAUUGAUGAGAUAGGUCGCAUGUGCCAUGCUAACAAGGUGUUUUUCCACACGGAUGCUGCACAGGCUGUUGGAAAAAUUCCUCUUGAUGUGAACAAAAUGAAGAUUGAUCUGAUGUCUAUCAGUGGCCAUAAAAUCUACGGACCAAAAGGUGUGGGUGCGUUUUACAUCCGGCGUCGCCCCCGAGUGCGAGUAGAGGCUAUUCAGAGUGGUGGGGGGCAGGAGCGAGGCUUGCGCUCAGGAACAGUUCCAACUCCACUGGUGGUCGGGCUUGGGACAGCAUGUGAAAUAGCUCAGCAGGAGAUGGAGCUUGACUAUAAGCAUGUGUCCAACCUGGCCAAACGUUUGGUGACUCAAAUAAUGAACCAGAUCCCUGACGUGGUUAUGAAUGGGGAUGCAGAUCAAAGAUAUCCAGGCUGCAUUAACCUAUCGUUUUCAUAUGUUGAAGGAGAGAGCCUCCUGAUGGCUUUGAAAGAUGUAGCCCUUUCAUCAGGAAGUGCCUGCACGUCAGCCUCUCUAGAACCUUCCUAUGUCCUGCGAGCUAUUGGUGCUGAUGAAGAUUUGGCACACUCCUCAAUCAGAUUUGGAAUCGGGCGUUUCACUACAGAGGAGGAGGUGGAUUACACUGCACAGAAGUGCAUCCAGCAUGUGCAGAGGCUGAGGGAGAUGAGCCCUCUCUGGGAGAUGGUACAGGAGGGAAUGGACCUGAAGAACAUUAAUUGGUCUCAGCAUUAGAACAUUCCAGAAGGAGCUGAUGGCUGGGAAGGGUCUGUUGUCAUGUUCCGUGACCAGAAGAUGACCAUCUCUGGGAUUCUGCUCACAACCUGUGGAACGUUAUUAGUUUACAUAAGGAUAGGUAAACCAAGAUGAACUUGCUGUGCCUCAGGUACCAAGUCUGAGAGUGCAUUGCUGUAAACCCACAGAGGAUUUUACACCCUCUCAUUGUAAUUUAUUGGCAUGGUUUAUGUGAGCUUAUAAUAUAUAUUUUUUCAAUAGCUGAUCAUAAGUAGUUCACUUUGUUCCUUUUUAAAAAUUCCUGUUUGUGGACAUUGAAUGAAAUGCUGCUGCUUGCUCGUUGAUGUGCCUUAACCUGUUAGAAGUCAGUCAGUUUCACAGAGGCAUCUAUACUAUUUCUUCAGAUGCUGGGCUAACUAAACAUAGUGCUUGCCAUUACUCUGAGCCCUGUAAACCAGGAUCCGGGGUUAAGAACAAUUCUUUGUUGAACUUGUUAACCUCAGUUGGAGUGGUCGACACAAACGCUACAAAUGGACCUUGCUUUACCCACUUUACUUCCCCCAAACACCAGAAGGAUGGAAUUCAACUGGGCCUCGUGUACAGUUUUCUGACAUUCCCCCUUGGGUCCAUGGGCUUGUGCGGAACUUUGGGCCAGAGGUGAACGCAAGUGGCUUACUGGCCCUUCAAAAUCAAUGGGUGUGUUCAAAUAGCUGUCUAGCUGCACUCCAGGAGCAUGCACACAAAGGUAGGUACCAGAGGAAUGCUGUCAUACCUGGAACCCCCAAACCUCUUUCCCCACAAGCCCCGAACAAAAGUGGCGAGGGGGAAGAAAGCAGGAGGUGGAAGCAACAUAAAACUACCAGUGGAUACCCCAUGGUGUCUUCAGGGCAAAGUGAAUUUAGUUAUCGUCUGAACUUCCCUUUGUGCAAUAGUGAUGCUGAUUGUAUACUUCUGGGGACCUGGGUGUAGGAUGGUACAAUUUGGUAGGAAGAACGAGGAGAGACAAUAUAAAAUGAAAAGGCACAAUUCUCGUGGAGAGAUCUGGGAGAGUGUGUGCACAGACCAUUGAAGGCGGCAGGGCAUGUUGAGAACAUCAGUUUAAAAGGCAUAUGGUUUCUUUGCCUUUAUCAAUAGGGGCAGAGAGUACAAAAGUAAAGAAGUUAUGGUGAACCUUUUGUGGAGCACUGGUUUGGCCUCAGCUGGACUAUAGUGUACAGUUCUAGGUGCUGUGCUUUAGGAGGGAUGUGAAGAUAGUUUUGAAGAGGGCAAGGAAGUGAUUUGUGUGAAUGGCUCCAGGGAUGUGGCACUUUAGUUGCAAGGAUAGAUUGGAGAGGCUGUGGCUGUUCUCCUUGGAGAAGAGAAGGCUGGAAGAAGAUUUGAUGUUUUCAAAAUCAGGCAGUGUCAAGAUAGAGCAGUUGGAGAGAAAUCGUUCCCAUUUGUGGGAAGAUUGAGAACCAGUUUAAAGUGACUAGUCAAAGAACCAAUGGAGGUAUGAGGGAAAACCUCUACGCAGCAAGUGGUUAGGAUCUGGAAUGCAUUGCCUGAGUGUUGUGGAGGCAGGUUCAGUCACGGUUUUUGAGGGGGCAGUUGGAUCAGUACCAGAAAAGAGAAAAUUUGCCAGGCUACAGGGAAAGAGCAGGGGAGCAGGAUUAGCCGAGUUGCUCUUGCAGUGAGCUGAAUGACCUCUUGCUGUAACCGUUCCAUGAAUCUGUAUGAUAUGGAGCUCAUUCUCCACCUAGUGGUACAAGCAUCCAGCUGCAGGUCUUUUUAGAAUGAGAAUAUAUUAUUAUACACCACCUAGCGUGUAUUAUUGUAUUGAUUUAAAUUAGCAAAUGAAAUUCAAGACAUGAAAAGUACAGAAGUAUGUAUUCAUGUCAAAUAAACAUAUUAUCAAUCAAAUGCAAAA